ACAAAUUGGAGUAUAGUUUGAUGUAUUUGUAGGAAGCAUGGCAAGUAUUUUUUAAUGUAAGAUCCGUAAUUUGAAUCAAGCGAAAUGACAGAUAAUUAGGGCGAAUGUUUAUGAAUAUGAAUUAAAUUGAUAGAAAUGAAGUUUUGUGCAGUUUUUUUCGGUUUAAAUGUGACCAUGCAAGAAAAUGAUCAUAAAUCGGCAACUGACGGGCGGUCGCCAUCUUCUAGAUGAGUUUUUCUCCUUUCUUGUGGAAAGUAUUUUAUUAAAAUAAUGUGCUUUUAUACUUGAAUACGUAGUGUUUAUUCACGUAAAAAGUAUCCCUGUACUUUGAAAAAUACCCUGGAUCCGAGAAAGAGAUUACAGAUGGAGCAUUGCGCAAAACAGGGGGGAUGACUGAGAACCGCUGGACCUCAGGAGGUGGAGGCGCUGGCGUGAAAAUGGAACACUUCCAGCCCGCCCUUGACCCCAGGAAGCAAGAAUUGCUAGAGGCACGCUUUCUCGGAACCAGGGGGUCAGGCGACUAUUCCACGACCAAUAGCAGCUGUCCACAGUGCCCUAGCCGCUGCGGAGUGCCCGCUACCACCGCUCCGAGUGUAGACUGGUCGACUGUGGGCGCCGGGGGCUGCAGCGGAGGCGGUACUGGAGGCGGCAGCAGCAGGGAUCGACAGCAAAGCAACCAGCAGAUGUCAGCUGGGUCUCAAAUUCAGAUGGCACCACAGGCAACUGUCAAUUCAGGCCAGCCAGUUCAUAGUCAGGACUCCAACAUGAGUACAGGUUCGUCUCAUAGUGAUAAAGAGGUGGACCAAAACACUCCUGAGAAGAUCUCCCGCACGCCCUCGGAAAGGAAGCGCAAACGUAAGGGAGAUGAUGGGGGAGGGGGGGUGGCGGGGCCUGUGGGCGGUGCUGGAGGAAAGGGUGCUCGCACGGGAGACAACAAGAAGAUCAACGAGUACUUCCCCAAACAUGCGGGUACCAGUCCCAUUCGACAUGGCGGCUCAAAGAGCCCUUCCCCCCAGGCAUAUCCCAUGUACCCUCCCUCCCCCCAGCAGGCACUGCUACCUUCGCCUCAGACACCAGGCGUUCAGUCUGUACCUCCAGAGUUCUCAAACCUCAUGCAUCCGCCCAGGCCUCCACCAACCAUGAUCAGCAAACAAGUACAGACAGAGCUAACGUGUCAGAGGAUACAGGAAUUUGAAACACAAGCAUCUUCUGAUCUGGAACUCCGAAAUAACAAAAUAGAUGAACUAAAUAGAACGACAGAGGAACUGAGGCAUCAGUUGGCGGCGCAGCAGAAGGUUAUAGAGCAGCACAAGUCACAUAUCAACAAGUGCAUUGAUGUGGUGAAGAAACUGCUCAAGGAGAAGUCGAACAUCGAGAAGAAGGAGGCGCGGCAGAAGUGCAUGCAAAAUCGGUUACGGCUAGGCCAGUUUGUUACGCAGAGGGUAGGCGCAACUUUUCAAGAGAACUGGACUGAUGGUUAUGCAUUUCAGGAGUUGGCAAGGCGGCAGGAAGAAAUUACAGCGGAGCGAGAAGAAAUUGACCGACAGAAGAAAAUGCUGCUAAAGAAGCGGCCAUCAAAUAGUGAGACAGGACGUAAGCGGAGUAACACGCAGCAGCAGCAGCAACAGCAGCAGCAGCAACAACAACAAGGACAGGGUUCGGCUAUCCUCCACAACGGCACUGACGCCACGUUCCUGAAACCGGAUGCUAUCCCGGGCUUCUCGUGGCAAGAGUACUAUGAGGCUGAUGAAAUUCUCAAGUUGCGGCAGAGUGCGCUGAAGAAAGAGGAUGCAGAUCUGCAGCUAGAAAUGGAAAAACUUGAGCGGGAACGCAACCUGCACAUCCGUGAGCUCAAGAGGAUCCACAACGAAGACCAGUCCCGAUUCAACAACCAUCCGGUCCUCAACGAGCGCUACCUCCUCCUUAUGCUUCUGGGCAAGGGUGGCUUCAGUGAAGUUCACAAGGCUUUUGACUUGAAGGAGCAGCGCUAUGUUGCUUGCAAGGUUCACCAACUGAAUAAAGACUGGAAAGAGGACAAAAAAGCUAAUUAUAUCAAACAUGCACUGAGGGAAUACAACAUACACAAAGCACUGGACCACCCCCGUGUGGUAAAGUUGUAUGAUGUGUUUGAAAUUGAUGCUAACUCAUUUUGUACGGUACUGGAAUACUGUGAUGGUCACGACUUGGACUUCUAUCUCAAACAGCACAAGACUAUUCCAGAGAGAGAAGCACGGUCCAUUGUAAUGCAGGUUGUAUCAGCACUCAAGUAUCUCAAUGAGAUAAAACCUCCAGUCAUCCAUUAUGACCUUAAGCCAGGUAACAUACUUCUAACAGAAGGUAAUGUUUGUGGGGAAAUAAAGAUCACGGACUUCGGACUGAGCAAAGUGAUGGAUGAGGAAAACUAUAACCCCGACCACGGAAUGGACUUGACCUCGCAAGGAGCCGGCACCUACUGGUACCUGCCCCCAGAAUGUUUUGUGGUCGGAAAGAAUCCUCCAAAAAUCUCAUCCAAGGUUGAUGUCUGGAGUGUGGGGGUUAUCUUUUACCAGUGUCUUUAUGGCAAGAAGCCUUUUGGACACAACCAAUCUCAAGCCACCAUCUUGGAGGAGAACACAAUUCUGAAGGCAACUGAGGUGCAGUUUGCGAACAAGCCUACGGUCAGCAAUGAAGCGAAGAGUUUCAUCAGAAGUUGCUUAGCAUAUCGAAAGGAAGACCGGAUUGAUGUGUUCUCCCUGGCCAGGCACGAGUACCUGCAGCCCCCUAUGCCGAAGCACGGUCGACAGGCAAGCAACCAACAGCAGAUUCAACAGCAGGCGCAGCAGCAACAACACAUUCAACAACAACAACAGCAGCAACAGCAGACCUCUUUCAGUACUGGGAUGUUCAGCGGCAUGAAUGCAUCCAGCUCCUCCUAGUGACCAAGGAGGCGGCGCAGCGAUGUGGCCAUGAGAAAAAACCUGGCUCCCCGUGCAGCCUCAAGCGGAGCAUUCUCAGCCUAACCUGGCAGCAAGUAUAACGCCCAUCUCCUGCAAAAGGCAGCGUUUGUUAAUCUGGCAGCAAAGAUGGAUUGAUUGAUUGAUCGAUCAGCGUGUGCGAUGGAAUUCUUGUCCGUGUAGAACCAUCUUGUCUGAAUCAAUGAAAUGCGAAGUGAAUGUUGGAAAUACUGCAAACAGAUUGUUUUGAUUCUUGUCAAGGUUAUCCGGUGUGACAGAGUGGAGCGUUUUGUUGGUCUUGGCUCCGCGGCUUGCUGACCGGAAUGUGGAGAUGUGCCCCGCCCGUAGUUUUUUUUUUUUAGAUCCCACGUCGUAAAAUUACCUCCAGAAAAUUUAUGCAUCUUGAAGUGGGUAGUAUUACCUCUUGACAUUUACUGACAGGCCACUCUAGGGUACAAUACACUAAUAAUUUUUUGUAGUAAGAGUCACCAUUGCUGUGUUGCUUUCCUAUUUUCAUCAGUGUUUCAUUUCAAAGCAGAACAAAUUAAUUUAACAAGGCCCUUUUGAUUUUACAAAACAAUUGCCCUAUACUAUUCGAUAUAAAGGCGGUGAUCAUAAUCGGUGCUUAAUUCCCAAAGUGAACCUAGAUUGUGUUGCUGUGCCAUGGAUUGAGAGACAAAUUCAUUUAACCAUUGUGCGGCAUCGCUGAAGUUCCUCGUUAAAGAGCGGUAGUGUAGCUGCUGGCAUAAAUAGGAGACAGACACUUCUGGAAGAGGCAUACUGGAAAGGUGGUGAGGGGGUCUCCUCUGUGUACAUAUAUUAAUGUUACCUCCUCUCCCCUUGCCUCCAUGACGGGAUGAUCAACAUGUAUUGACCAGUGAGUCAUCUUCUGACGUAACAUCACUGAAUAUAGAAUCGGACAAGAGGUGACGGAAAACACUUACUGUCCGGUGACUUUGGAUUUCUUCGUCUUCUCUACAUAGCUCGCGGAGUAGGGAUGUGUUUGUUUUGUUAUUCCCCCGUGUGUGGAAAAGUAAUAUGCAGACCAUUGGUAUAAUUAAUAAUAAAAGUGAAACUCUUAUAAAUACGUAGUGAAAGCUUUAGAGAACAUGCACGGAAGGAAGAAAUACGAGCGAGCGAACUGGCCCCUAGUGUGUGGAAGUAUUCCGUGAAUAUUUCAACACUUCUGUCCCCUACUCUCUUUCUCUCUCUCUCUUUCUCUGUCUCUCCCGCUGAUGAUGCUUUCUGCUUCCAUCGUUGACCACAUGUGUACAGUCAACUUUUUUGUCUGGUUUUUUGUACCAUUGUAAUUAUGUUGAUGUCCUAAAGGAUCACUUUUUAUUAUCAAAGAAGAAUCUGGUAAUCAUAGCAGUUCAAAAGAGUGAAAUGGGAGAAAAGGGAAAGGCAACUCAAAUUUAAUGUCUUGUUUUCUCCUCUUUUUUGAUA